ACUGAAAUAUACAUACACUGUCACGUUGAAACAACAUUCAUUUUGACUGAUGGCAAUGGCAGUUGAAUCUGACAGCGACAGGGGCAUUACUACUACACGAAGUGCUUAUGAAAAAAGCCCCAGGGCGCCCGAGCGCAAUGGCUAUGUGAAGACAUGUGUCACCCCCUUGUAUCAGGACCACGACUGCCGGUCGUGGCUCAGACUCACUGAGUCUUGGAACUCGCGGAGUCUGUCGUCUGUGGUGUGUGUGGGGUCGGUUUCAGUUAUUCUCGCUCUGGUGGUUAAAUUCGUUGACUGGGAUGUGGACUUCACCCACAGCAGUAGCAGGAGGAGUAGCAGCGGUGGCGGCAGCAGCAGCAACGGCGCUCUCGACACUGAUUCGGGAUCUUUUUUUCACUAUGUGACGGGUUGGGUGCUGGAGCUACCGUACACAUUGUGGCAUUUGAUUUCUCCCAUUUUCACUCUUGUAUGUGCCUUCUUCUGGGUUGGUCUCUACCUGAUCCGGUGCGGAGUCCUGAUCAGAACUGCCGUCUUUCUGUUGACAGUGUGCCACUUGGGCGAAGCCGCAGCACAGUCUCUGCUGCACGGCGCGGACGACCAGCUGCUGUCGUUCACGGCCACCGUGGUGGUGCUCGCCUGUCUGGCUAGUGGGGCACUCAUGGUCGUGAGAGUCGGCCAGGGGGUCUCCGUCAUCAUCUUCAUCAGCAUCAUCCGGACCGUGUCGCUCAUUUCGCUGCACAAAGUGCGCGCCAGCUGGAGACCGUACCUGGCGUACCUCGUGGGGGUAUUGGGCGUCUUGCUAGCGAAGUAUGCUGACAGGCUCUUGCCGAACCAGGCCACUCUCAAGGAAGGCUGUACCUCCGUGACAGGGGCAAGAGAAGACAUCCCAGUGUUUAAAAGGCGAAGGAGAUCCAGCUCGGUGGUUUCCACAGACAUGGCACACCAUGCACACUCCAACAGCAAGUCGCACAGGAGGACUUCAUUGCCAUGCAUUCAAAGAGACCAGAUGCUCCCACAGCCUGAAUGGGACCACAAGAGGGGCGCCCGAGGAUCUCAGUCCUCGGGCACCACGGUGACGGUGGACAUCGCGGUGAUGGGUGAGGCCCACGGGCUGAUCACGGACCUGCUGGCCGACCCCUCACUGCCCCCCAACACGUGCAGCUCCCUGCGAGCCGUCAGCAACCUGCUCAGCACCCAGCUCACCUUCCAGCCGCUGCACCGGCCGCGCCUCAGCCCCCUGGUGUCCUUCGGGGACACGAACACCUGCUCCGACUCGGAGGAGGGCACGGAGAAGGGCGAGAAGCUGGCCAUUCCCAAGCGUCUGAGACGGUCUCUGCCUCCAGGGCUGCUGCGUCGGAUCUCAUCCACCUGGACCACCACCACCUCCGCCACCGGACUGCCCACAAUCGAGCCGGGCCCCGUACGACGAGACCGCAGCGCCAGCAUCAAGCCCACACACGACGGGCCCACCAUCGGCAGUUUGGUGAACAACGAGUCGUGGAACAGCUCCGUGAUGUUGACCAUCUCCAAGAGCAGGUCCAUGUCGGCCUCCUACGCCCCCUCAUCCUCCAAUCACCUGUACAACAAGAGGCAAAACAGACCAGGUUACCCAUCAUCCAACAUCUCCCCGCUGGCCUCCCCGUGCCACUCGCCCCCAACACAGGGCACCCCAGUCAGCAGCCCCACUGCCAAGACCGCCUCCAUGGAGCUGCCGGAGGGGGACACCACCCAGGCCCCCAAGAGGGCCACGCACCGAGCCUUAACACACAGCCAGAGUGCCCCCAGCUCCACCACCCCACACUGCGGGCCCCCACCCCUCUGUGGCAGCUGUGGGAGACCGUACAGUAAACUUUCCCACGGAGAGGGCUCUGUAGACCGAGGAGACAGAGUUCCACAGACAGAUGAUCCAGUGCUGGUUUCAUCUGACUACGACAGCACCUAUGAGACCAACCACAGUGACAGCAGCGAUUUUGCACAGAAUGAGGAGGAUGGGGAAGGUCAUCGGAACGCAGCCGAGGCCCAGGAAGGCUGUAGGAUUUACCCAACAGAGAGCAUAGUCCUUCACCCCUUACAUUCGCCUGAGGACCCCUAUAAGGCCAUCUUGGCCCCGGAGCCGCUGGUGAUGGAGGACCUGGAGCCUCUGAUGGGCCAGAUCAACAACUGGAACUUCCCCAUCUUCAGCCUGGUGGAGAAGACAGAGGGCAAAGGCGGACGCAUCCUCAGCCAGGUCUCGUUCAGGCUCUUUGAAGACACAGGGCUCUUUGAGACCUUCAGGAUUCCUGUUCGGGAGUUCAUGAAUUACUUUCACGCACUGGAGAAUGGAUACAGGGACAUCCCAUAUCAUAACAGAAUACAUGCCACUGAUGUGCUGCAUGCAGUAUGGUACCUCACCACACAGCCUGUGCCUGGCCUGCCGAGGCUAGCCAAUCCAGGAGGCCUGCCCAAUGACCCUGGCGCGGACGCUGGCGUGUCCCACGGCGGCUGCCAGGAGCUGCUGACGUCCAGGACGUGCCCGGAGCUGGGGGAGGGCUACGGAAGCCUGUCGGGCCUCAUCCCAGCGCUGGAGCUCAUGGCCUUCUAUGUGGCGGCCGCCAUGCACGACUAUGACCACCCGGGACGGACCAACGCCUUCCUAGUGGCCACCAGUGCUCCUCAGGCAGUGCUCUACAAUGACCGCUCGGUGCUGGAGAACCACCACGCUGCAGCGGCCUGGAGUCUCUUCAUGUCCCGGCCUGAGUACAACUUCCUGGGUAACCUCUCACACGUCGAGUUCAAGCGAUUCCGCUUCCUGGUCAUCGAAGCCAUCCUCGCCACCGACCUGAAGAAGCACUUUGACUUCCUGGCCGAGUUCAACGCCAAGGUUGGCGAUGACGGCUGCUCAGGUAUCAACUGGUCCAAUGAGAAUGACCGGCUCCUAGUGUGCCAGAUGUGUAUCAAGCUGGCAGACAUCAACGGGCCACUCAAAUGCAAAGACCUGCACCUCCAGUGGACCCAGGGCAUCGUCAACGAGUUCUAUGAGCAGGGCGACGAGGAGUCGAGCCUGGGCCUCCCCAUAAGCCCCUACAUGGACCGCUCUGCACCGCAGCUGGCCCAGCUCCAGGAGUCCUUCAUCACCCACAUCGUGGGCCCGCUCUGCAGCUCCUACGACUCUGCCGCACUCAUGCCCGGACGCUGGGUGGAGCGGAGAGAAGGGGACGUGGCCGGUGAGGGACAGGAGAAGAGGGAAGGAGGAGAAGGGGAGGAGGAGGAGGAGGAGGAGGAGGAGGAAGAUGGGCAUGCUGGUGGAGAAGAGACAGAUGAAGAUGAGGAGGAUGAGGAGGAGGAUACAGCUGAAGAGGAUGCUUCCACCAGCUCGGAGCAAUCUCAGAAGCGCAUGCCAAAGAAGAAGCGGCGGAAAGUCUUCUGCCAGAUCACCCAGCACCUGCUGGAGAACCACGAGAUGUGGAAGAAGGUGAUCGCCAAGGAUAACGCCCAGAGCCAGGCACAGGGUCAGGCGAGCGACGACGUGGCAGCCGGGGAGUCCACGCUCUCGGGCGGCCUCGCCACCACCGACGGCCCCCUCCUGGAGGAAGAAGAACCGGGGAGCAGGGAGGAGGAUGUGGACCUUGGGGAGGACGGAGAGGGGGGAGAAGGGGGAGGAAAUCAGCAUGUACAAUACGACGCUACACAGCAGGGACUUAUCGGCUUUCCUGUUAUCUCCGACUUGGCCCAGAACGGAGCCAGUUAG